AGACAGACAAAAAAAAAAAAAAAAAAAAAAAAAAAAAAAAAAAAAAAAAAACAGGAACAGAAUGUAUACUUAUUUGGGAAAAUGGAUCAUGGUUAACAACAGCAAAUGUGAAAUGCCCUUUCCUCCCUGCCCACCCGUGAAAGUUCUACUCCUCUCCAAGUCACUAAUUCGGGAAGCUUCCUGGGAUGUCUCCCCGGGGCUUCUCCUGGGGGAUCGGGGAGAGGGCUCUUUGGCACGGUUUCACACAGUGGACUGGCUUUGCCUGGGCCCUGCCCAGCAGAGAUCAUGUAUCGCCUCCUGGGGCUGCAGCCCGUCCUCAAGGGGCCCAGACCUCACAAUACCGCCCAGUGGUUGCCAAAGGACGACCAAGGGCUCCCUGCUGUGCCCCCACAUGGUAAGGACAGGGUUGUGUAUCUAGCAUCUCUCACAGCCAUAGGUGCUCAGGCACUGAGUGCAGAGUUAAAGCUGUUAGCGGGGCACUGCCGGCCACCAGACCACAGGCAAAGGAUCCUGAGGCAGCUACGGCCUUGAAAUAUUUUAAGAUGGCAGCCUAGGCUAAGCUUGCCUUUUUCAAAUAGCCCGGCGUCACUUUGCCAGAAUCUGCCAACUUCUCCGAAAGUCAAUGUAGAAAAAAAGUCACUAUGCUACUUUGUCCAAACUGAAGUCGCUUGGAUCAUUACAACUCCAUCUGCUGCUGGCACUACAUAGAACCUGACCUCUGGGAGCUUUUAAUGAAAAUUAAUUUUCUAUCCACAUAGGGGCAAAUGCCAAUUGGCCUCUGGGCCAGGCAGCUUGCUGGAAAGAGGUGCUUUCGGCUGGCCACCGGUGCGCGGGGACCACACUCACAAACCGCAUUCCGGUCUUCCCGCCCGCAAAAUCCGCGCUGUGCGAGGGACCCACAAGACUGGCGGUCUGAAAGGGACCCGCCUCACUUGGAAACGGGGCUGCGGUAGCCACAACCCUCCGGUAGCGGUAGCUUAACCCCGUUCGGUGAUCCAGCCGCCCAGCGCAACGGGUACAAAGAACCCCACUGGCUAAGGCCGACCUACCAGGGCUUGGGGGAGGGGAGCGGAAGACAGAGGUCGAAACGACCUGUCCAGCAGAAAACUAUCCCCGAGCAUAUUCCAAUCACUUCUCCGUAGAGCUCAUUCCUUCCGCGCAUACGAAGGGCGCCAAUCCUUUCUGUAUCCCUCCCACAGAUACCGGGUGACUACUGCUUUUGCGCCCAAAGCGCAGUGCCCUGGUUCAGCUCCCUACGGUAGCGACCUCCACCGCAGAUUCUCAUCUCCUCGCUACCGUAAGAGAGAUGUAAAGAAUCAGACGGGUUACGCGCUCAGGGACCCCCAUGAAGCAGAGGACCUAGGCUUAAAACUCAUUCAGUAUUAGGAAAAGAGCGCCGAGCACGGGCCUAUUAUGCCAAAGCUUCUGAAAGGGGCACUACGUUUUUUGCUCUAUGGGGCAAAUGACCCCUCCCUAAUUUCGGUUUUCCAUCCAUCCCCAAGGUAAGCUCUGGAGUGGCACCCGAGACUGAGCUCAAAUUUGCAGGCCAGGGACUGGGGAGAAGGGCGCCACACUAAGAGACCUGCACCCCCAUCCUCGCCCUGUACUCUACCCAGAGUCGUGGUACCCCUCCAUUUUAAAGCAAAAUCCAAAAGCAAGCACGGCGGAAUCUUCUGGAAGGGGGCUAAGAUGGAACUCAGGAGGCGGGGGUCGGUAUGGAAAGAGCAGAUGGAUUAUUUUUUUCCUCUCCUGGCGAAUGAGGAGCGCCCCCAGCCACCCCUCCUCAUAAACACCCCCCAAGGCGCGCAUGCGCACUUAGGUGGCGGGCGGGUACUUAAGGCGCGGCCACCGCGGCUGCGGCAGUGCGCCCAACAGCGGACUCCGAGACCAGCGGAUCUCGGCAAACCCUCUCUCUCGACCACCCACCUACCACUCUUGGAACCAUGGCGGCAGUGGCGGCAGCCUCAGCUGAACUGCUCAUCAUCGGCUGGUACAUCUUCCGCGUGCUGCUGCAGGUGUUCCUGGAAUGCUGCAUUUACUGGGUAGGAUUCGCUUUUCGAAAUCCUCCAGGGACACAGCCCAUUGCGAGAAGUGAGGUGUUCAGGUACUCCCUGCAGAAGCUGGCGUACACGGUGUCGCGGACCGGGCGGCAGGUGUUGGGGGAGCGCAGGCAGCGAGCCCCCAACUGAGGCCCCAGCUCCCAGCCCUGGGCGGCCGUAUCAUCAGGUGCUCCUGUGCAUCUCGGCCAGCACGGGAGCCAGUGCCGCACAGGAAUGUGGGGUCCCCUGUGUUCCCUCGCCAGAGGAGCACUUGGCAAGGUCAGUGAGGGGCCAGUAGACCCCCGGAGAAGCAGUACCGACAAUGACGAAGAUACCAGAUCCCUUCCCAACCCCUUUGCACCGGUCCCACUAAGGGGCAGGGUCGAGAGAGGAGGGGGGAUAGGGGGAGCAGACCUCUGAGAUCUGGGCAUAGGCACCGCAUUCUGAUUUGGACAAAGUCGGGACAGCACCAUCCCAAGCCCCGAAGCCAGGGCCAUGCCAGCAGGCCCCACCAUGGAAAUCAAAACACCAUACCAGCCAGCAGAAUGGACAUUCUGACAUCGCCAGCCGAAGCCCUGAAUCUUGGUGCAGCACCAACCGCGUGCCUGUGUGGCGGGACUGGAGGGCACAGUUGAGGAAGGAGGGUGGUUAAGAAAUACAGUGGGGCCCUCUCGCUGUCCCUUGCCCAGGGCACUUGCAUUCCAGCCUUGCUGCAUUUGCUCCCUCGAUUCCCCUUUCCUCCUCACUGCCUCCCAAGCUCACCCUACUCCAAAAUAAUGUGUCACUUGAUUUGGAACUAUUCAAGCAGUAAAAGUAAAUGAAUCUCACCUUUACUAAAACACUUUCUCUGAACCCCCCUUGCCCCUCACUGAUCUUGCUUUUCCCUGGUCUCACGCAGUUGUGGUCAAUAUUGUGGUAACCGCUAAUUGUACUGAUUGUUUAAGUGUGCAUUAGUUGUGUCUCCCCAGCUAGAUUGUAAGCUCCUGGAGGACAGGGACCACCUCUACAAAAAAUAAAAAAAGUACCUCCCCUGUCUCGCACAGUGUCCCAGGACCCUGCGGUGCAGUGGAGGCGCACCAAAA